UGCACGCAGUCUCUGGUUCAACAUGGCGGCCACCAUGAAGAAAGGAGUGGCAGCUGAAGAUGUCAAUGUAACAUUUGAGGACCAGCAGAAGAUCAAUAGGUUUGCGAGAAAUACAAAUCGGAUGUCUGAAAUAAAGGAUGAAAUUGAGGCCAAAAAGAAAUCCUUACAGAAUCUAGAGGAUGCCAGCGAUGACAUCAUGAUGUGUGAGGAUGAUGCUAUGCUUAUGCCGUAUCAGAUCGGAGAAGUCUUCAUCAGUCACUCUCAAGAAGAAACACAGGAAAUGCUGGAGGCAGCAAAGGAAGCUCUGCAGGAGGAGAUCAAGGCUCGGGAGAACAGUGUCUCAUUCAUACAGGAAGUUCUUGGAGAUCUGAAGGUUCAAUUAUAUGCCAAGUUUGGAAACAACAUCAAUCUAGAGACAGAGGAGAGCUGAAACCUCAAGCAUGUGGACCCCUGACAGACUGCAACAGGACAUUUCUAUACUAACAACCAGUUUUUGACUUGUUUACUCUACUGGUUUUGUUUUCCAUUGUACAUAUCAUUUUGUUUAGUGAAUUUUCCAAGCUGUUGUAUGCAAGUGGCGUUGGGCCAGGUAGAUGAAACGCUAGGAAAGACGACGAGAGGCACUGAUGAAUAAAUAAAAUACAAAACGGUUACAUUGUUUCCUUCAGUUUCAUAUUUUACAUUUAUAUUCAGUUUUGAGUUGAUCUCAUUGGCAUGACUUCAUGGGACUAGUUAAAAUGAUUAACUUUCACAUAUAGACUAUUAACAUUGUGCCUUUUUGUCAAGACUUUUAAAGUCAUAGUUUACCCAAAAAUGAAAAUUCGGUCAUUAUGUACUCACCGCAUGUUGUUUCAAACCCAUAUUACCUACUUAUCUGGUACGGAGAAGUUUUAAAGAAUGUUCAAACUGCUCUUUUGCACACAAUGAAAGUGGAUGGGGACCAUGGGCUAUCAAGCUAUGUUUGGGGGUUAUUAUUAAAUAUAAUAAUAAUAUAUAAUUAUAACUUAUAUGUAGUUCAUAUAGUACGUAUAUAGUACAGUUAUCCUCACUAAUUGCAUCAUUAUUAAAUAACAUUGAAACAUUGUGAAAGAGCUCCACAAUGUGCUAAUUGGUCUAUAGAAGUGAAAUGUUACAUUCAAGCUGUUGUGAUUUCUGAAUCUGUAUCAUCCAAGCAUCUGUCUUGUCCCCACUGACUGCGAACGAGUGUACUGGCCUAAUUAAAGUCUGUGAGUGUGGUCUGUUGCAGCUAAUAAAAUAUCAGAUAAAUAAAUAGAGUUACAGGCU